AUGUCUUUCGACGUCGUUCAACGGCUCCGAGACUAUCUCGACGAGGACCCCGUGUUCAAGGCGGAGUUCGAGGAGGCUUUCGAGACGGCUAAGAGCUACGGCUUGCCCGAGUUUGAGGAGUGGGGCAUCGCGACCCUCGCCGACUACCUGGACUACUACGACUCGUUCCUCAAGUGGGUGCCGUCGGAGAACAAGGACGGCACCUUCGUUCUGUACCACAUCUGCAUGUUCUACUUCGUCCUCGAUAUGCUGCCCCUCGUCCGGCGCCAGAGCCCCAUCCAUCCCAGCACCCACUCCCCAUACACCUGGCUCUCGGAGUGGAUUAUCGAGUACGCGAAGGAGAUGGGCAAGUGGAUGGACUCGCCCGAGUCGAUCACCCCGGAGGCGAUCGACACCUUCUACCUCGCGAAGAGCUACCACAUGCAGGACUACGAGCGCGUCGACUGGCAGACCUUCAACCAGUUCUUUGCCCGCCACAUCAAGCCCGAAUGCCGCCCGAUCGACUGCCCUUGCGACGACACCGUGAUCCUCCUCGACGACCGCUGUGGCGGGACGAACUUCGGGGCCACGUUCGCGGGCGGCACGUUCUGCCACUCCUUCCUCGGCCCGAACGACUACCACCGCCAGCACGCGCCCGUCUCGGGCACUGUCGUCGAGGCGCGCGUGAUCGAGGGCCUCUGCUAUCUCGAGGUCGAGGUCGUCGAGGACGACGUGGACGCGCCGAAGCGCGGCGGGCGCCCGCGCCUCGGGAUGCGGCGCAAGAUGCAGCCGCGCGCGGCGGAGCCGAUGGACAGCCUGAACGCCCCAGACAACCCGGGCUACCAAGUCAUCCAGGCGCGCGGGCUCGUACUGAUCAAUAACCCGGUGCUCGGGCUCGUCGCGGUCCUCCCGAUCGGCAUGGCGCAGGUGUCGUCCGUCGUGCUCGGCGUCAAGGCGGGCGACCCCGUGCAGAAGGGCCAGGAGAUCGCGCACUUCCAGCUCGGCGGCUCGGACAUCGUCAUGGUCUUCCAGGCGGGCGCGCACGUGAAGUUCACCGCGGAGAGGCAGACGCACUACGCGUUUGGGAAGACGCUCGCGGUCGCUUCGCCGUCUGACUGA